ACCAAAACACUCGGCGCUGUUCGCCAUGUUGUGUUCAGGACACCCGUCUAACACGUAUGAGAGAAUAUACGAACACAUUUGAGGAAUUAUUUCAGUGCGUGUCUGGAUACAGAACAUUUAAAGGGCAGCAAUGAACAUGAUAUCAUCCGGAAUGGGAUUAACGGAUCUGGUUUAGUCUCACAGACCGAUAUGGAAUAAUUUGGACGUACGGACGAAAAAAAAAAAAAGCGUUUCAAAGGCGCAUUGAGAAUUUUACGGGGGAAUAUACAGUUUAUGUGGCAGUAAAGUAAUCCUCUUUUUAGUUAAUUUUUGACGUUUGUUUUGAUUUCGAUGCAUUCAAAAACCUGGGCUGGAUUUAUAUUCGCGUGUUGAAUGAAGAUCAUGAAUGUGGUUAUAUAAACCUGUACCAUUAAAAAAAAUGAUUUUCAGCAUGCAUCUGAACAUAGAUUAAACAUGAAAGCUGUUUCAAUGUCCAUAAUUGAAAACAAAAUGAAUAGUUAUUGAUCAUUAUUGGUGCAUGGGUAUCAUGGACAUGUUGUCAGGGUACUGUCACUGUCCACCACGAUUUUAUUUAUAACAGUAUGUUUUUAUUAUUAAUGUUUGACUCUAAACCUCUCUUAAAGACUUUACACAUUGAUCUGGGACUGUUUGCUCACAAAUAAAUGCUUUUGGCAAUAUUAAAACAUUAAUUUCAGAGAUUAAGGAUUAUCAUCCUGCAGUGUUGGUGGGAUUUGUUGCAGUGCAAGAAUCUGCACUUAAAAUGAGGACUGACACCAAACUGGCCUUGGCCAUAUUCCUCGUAUCCUGUUCAUCAGGUGCGAUUCUCGGUCGCUCAGAGACGCAGGAGUGUGCGUUUUAUAAUGCCAACUGGGAGAAAGAUGGAACAAACCAGAGCGGAAUCGAGCUGUGUUACGGAGAGAAGGACAAACGGCGACACUGUUUUUCCACGUGGAAGAAUCGCUCCGGAAUCAUCGAGAUGGUCAAACAGGGUUGCUGGCUUGAUGACGUCAACUGCUACGACAGUAGUGAGUGUGUGGAGCAUAAACAGAAUCUUGAGGUCUUCUUCUGCUGCUGUGAGGGAAACAUGUGCAACGAAAAGUUUCUCUACAGUCCAGACACAGUUGAGACCACAUCAAACCCUGUGACCCCUCAGCCGGAGUUGUUUCCCACACUGCUAUACUCUCUGAUUCCCAUCAUGGCUGUCACUGUCGUUCUCUUCAUCUCGUUCUGGAUGUAUCGUCAUCUGAAGCUGUCGUACCCGCCUCUACUCGUACCGUCACAGCACACCUUUCAUAUCAUGAUAGAGGAUCCUUGUCUGACACCUCCCUCCCCCUUACUGGGUCAGAAGCCGCUGCAGCUGCUGGAGGUGAAGGCUAGGGGGCGUUUCGGCUGUGUUUGGAAAGCACAAUUACUGAACGAACACGUGGCUGUCAAAAUCUUCCCUGUUCAGAAUAAGCAGUCGUGGCAGAAUGAAUAUGAGAUUUAUAGUGCGAGUGGAAUGAAACAUGAAAACGUCCUGCAUUUCAUCGGAGCAGAAAAAAGAGGGAAUGGAGUCGAUAUUGAACUCUGGCUUAUCACAGCUUAUCAUGAGAAGGGUUCAUUGACAGAUUUCCUGAAGGCGAAUGUAGUGUCCUGGAAUGAGCUGUGUCUGAUCGCUCAGACGUUUGUGCGCGGGUUAGCGUAUUUACACGAGGACGUACCCAAUCUGAAGGAUGGACACAAGCCUGCCAUUGCACACAGGGAUAUCAAGAGUAAAAAUGUGUUGUUGAAAAGUGAUUUAACCACCUGUAUUGCUGACUUCGGCCUGGCGCUCAAAUUUGAAGCAGGAAAAUCGACAGGUGACACACACGGACAGGUGGGCACGCGGCGCUACAUGGCUCCGGAAGUGUUAGAAGGGGCGAUUAGUUUCCAGCGUGAUGCGUUUCUCAGAAUCGACAUGUACGCUGUGGGUCUGGUGCUGUGGGAACUCGCCACACGCUGUACAGCGGCCGAUGGGCCAGUGGACAAGUUCUCACUGCCGUUUGAAGAGGAGGCGGGGCUUCAUCCGUCACUCGAGGACAUGCAGGAAGUCGUCGUGCACAAGAAACUCAGACCGACAUUUAGAGAACACUGGCUCAAACAUACGGGUUUGGCGACGCUCUGUGAGACGAUAGAAGAGUGUUGGGACCAUGAAGCCGAGGCGCGUCUGUCUGCCGGCUGUGUGGAGGAACGCAUUAUCUCAAUGCAACGCAACACCAACCUCAUUGCCCCUGACGACAUCCUCUCUGUUAUCACCAUGGUUACCAACCUGGAUUUCCCCCCCAAAGAGUCCAGCCUAUGAUGCUGUUCUCUCAGCCAAUUGAAAUGCAGCGCUUGACUGAUACAGAAACAAAACAGACUUCAAAUGACUCCUUACAUGCAAAACAAGAGGAGAAACGUUUCAAAUGCACAGAGGAACUCAAGAGCCGAGAGUUAAAACAUGUAGUGGACAUCUCUGUUUGCACCAAAACUUUCUUAUGCAUAAAAGAAAGACUUUUUCUAAGAAACAACUGAAACUAAGAAAAAACAAAAAACAUUCAUGUUAUUUUAGUAUAAAAAGGGCAAAACUAUUCGGGACUGCAUUUGGUUCUGCAAAUCUUUACAGUUAUGCCAAUCAGGGCUGGGCAAAAUUCCGAAUUUAAGAAUUGCUCACUUUCCAAUCAAGAGUGUGAUUUUAAAUUGAAUUAGCCACACCCCACAGGACUUUGAAUUGGAAUGACACGAAGAAUUUACUGAAUUGCAAUUCAACGUAAUUUGACAAAUUUAAACUAAUGUUUUGCAACAUAGCUAUAAUUACAAUGAAAACAUAUAUAUAUAUAUAUAUAUAUAUAUAUAUAUAUAUAUACAGCGCUCAGCCACAACAUUAAAACCA